AUGUCAACCAAGGCCAUCCACCUUGAGCUGGUUGGUGACUUGACAUCCGAAGCUUUCAUCGGUGCGUUUAGAAGAUUCGUAGCCAGGAGAGGCAAAUGUGCUCAUAUGUGGAGCGACCAAGGUCGUAAUUUCAUCGGUGCUGAUAGAGAGCUACAAGCAGCUUGGCGAGAAGCUGAUUUGGACUUUGAAGGGAACAUAGCUGAGACCUUGGCAUUAGACGGCACACAGUGGCACUUUAUCCCGCCUUACAGCCCAAAUUUCGGAGGGCUGUGGGAGUCUGGCGUCAGAUCAGUUAAGUACCAUUUGAAGCGAGUCCUAUCUAUAAACCUUACCUUCGAGGAAAUGACCACCGUUUUAUGCCAAAUUGAGGCUUGCCUGAAUUCCCGACCGUUGAAUCCAAUAGACACAGAUGAUCCUGACGUUGUAGAGACAUUAACACCUGGACAUUUUUUAAUUGGUCAAGCCCCUAUUAUAGUCCCUUCUGUAGACCUGAAAGAUACCCCGAUUUCAAGCUUAACACGAUGGCAACACCUACAAAAACUGCUGGGAGAUUUCUGGAGACGUUGGCAGACGGAAUAUCUGACGAGACUACAACAACGCCCGAAGUGGCAGAGACAGCAGCGCGAAUUUGAACAGGGAGAUAUAGUUUUAGUUAAGAUUGAAGGUCUGCCGCCUGGUAAAUGGUGUCUGGGACGUAUUGUGGGUAAACAUUCGGGAAGUGACGGUUACACCAGAGUGUAUAGUGUUAAGAGUGGUAGUAACAUUGUAAAGCGUUGUGUUACAAAAUUAUGUGCUUUGCCAAUAGACACUAAAUCUUAA